GAAAUCACUCUUUCUUUAGACUCAGGCACGGCAGAACGUUCGUUGCUAACGUUUGCUACGUGCGCUCUAAUUCGUCUUUUGUAGAUUUUGGCUGUUUCCCGCCCAACAAAAAAAAUCAAAUAAAACACAAGAAUUAAGCAAAAUAAAAAUAUACACAACUUAAAAAAUAUAUACAUACAUAUUAAUCUACAUUUAAAAUAAAAAAUCACUAAGCUUAACUAGGCAAAGCAAUAGACGACAACAAGUAAUCAAAGCGAAAUAUACAAGCAUAAGUUACCAAAAAAAAGAAAAAAGAAAAGAAAUAAUAAAGGAAAUUAAAAGAAACGGAAAAUAAAUUCAAACGGCGAGCAUCAAAUUCGCAAGUGUAACAAAAUAAAAAUAAAGAAAGACAAGACAAUUCAGCGCCCGCCAAAAAAAGAAAAACCGAAAGAAUUCAAAUAAAAUAAAAUAAAAGCUGCUGCUAAUAUAAAGUGAAUGUGAAGUUACUACAACAGCAACAACAACACAUAAAGCAGACAAUUUUUGUGGGCUUUGAAAGUGUUAGUGUGUGAGUGAGCGUGCAAAUGUGUGUGUGCAAGCAAAAGGAGCAGGAGAAGAAGGAGCAGGAUAGAUAGAUGCCGCUUCGCUACUGCAGAGCCACCAAAAAAAAAAACGCAACAACACAAGAAAUCAAAGUAACGAAAGUUUUCAAGAAGUGCACAGAGGAGCAGAGAAAGACGUAGACAGCAGACACACAAGAGGAGACUGUCAAGCAAAAAUAGGAAAAAAGAAAGAUUAAAGUAAAGAACAUAAAUUUGCAAUUUGCCAAAAAAAAAAAUUUGAAUUAAUCGCGAGUGCGUUGCGUGUUAUAAAAUAAAUUGAUGUAAUAUAUCAAUAUAAUUUUUUUUUGUUCUUGCUACAAUUUUUUUCGGGUGUAAAAAAACUAAUUUUUUUUUUGUUGUGUAAAAAACCCAUAACUUUACAAGCCGACAACAGCAAUUGGAUUACAAAAAAAAGCACAGCAAAAGUGUGUGCUACAAAGAAUAUAAAAAGAAACAAAUCACUCUCAGGACGACACUGUAAACAUUUACAGUGUUGGUAAAUACACAAAAAAACAAAAAAUCAAUUUAGAAACGUAACACAGAAAUAAAGAUAGAAAAAAUGGCGACAAUGUGCUUUGAAAGUAUGAGCGGCUGUGAUUUUCCACACGAUUACGAAGACAGCUUCGCCGACACAUUGAAAAUGCCCCCCCUCGACGAGUCACUUUUGUUGAACGAUAACGAUAUGGUUGGCUUCGAGGAUCUGGUGUUUGUCGGCCGCAAAGAGCAAAGCAUCCGCGGGGAUGUGGCGAAAAUAGCCGCCGAACGUUCGUCAUGGAUGUUGGAUGACUUGCAUGACAUUAUUGACAUUAAACCCGAUAUACGUAAUGGCGAUUGUAUGUGGUCAUCAUUUGGUAGCGCCAACACCUGCAACAACAACAGCAGCAGCAACAAUGGUUGCAACGGUGCCAACAACAGUGCUUGCAACGGCGGCAAUUCGGCUGCCUCCAGUUACAGUGAAAGCAGCGCUGUGCCACCGGCAAUUGUCAGUUGCAGUGGCACAAUGAUGAUCAAACACGAGAUGACCGAGGACGAUGAGGAUGAUGUGGUCGAUGAGGAUGACAACGAUGAUGAUGACGAGGAGGAGAAUUGCAACAGCAGCAACAACAACAAUAGCAACAACAGCAACAGCAACAACACAAGCAGCAACAUAUGCAGCAAUAAACUGACAACAUUUGCCACAUCCGCUAGAAUUACAAUUCGACCAAACAAAUCGGCGACACAAAUGCGCUACAACAACAACAACACAACGUCUUACAGCAGCAACAACAACAACAACGUGGAACAACAUAUACCGCCAGGUGCGUCAUUGUUGCGCAAGAGCAAUCCUUCGACAGCGGUCUCAGCCACCGCACUGAAACUGAAGCAACAAUAUCACUCGCUUAAUCGUCGUUCCUCGCCCAAAGAGUCGUCGUCGACGUUCGUGUUUCCCGAUCCACCGCAACAGGAUAACAGCAAGGAGGACGCAUCGAUGGCGCCAGUUUUUCGUCACAAUGUCGAUUUGGCCGCUUGUCUGGUGGGCAGCAACAACAUCUCGUUGACGAGCAGCAGCGAGCCAAACUAUCACAUUGAUCACAUCAGUCGCGAGUUGCAGAAUGGCAAAUCACGUUUCGAUUUGUAUCACAGCAAUUAUCAGCCACAGAUUAGCGAUGUUCUCGAUGUGAUCAGUCAACAGGUAACAGCCGAUGCUGCUGCCAUCUCAGCAUCAUCAUCAUCAGGCUCGUCAGCAGCAGCAGCAACCACAUCGACGACAAUGUCACCGCCAGCGAGUAACUCGGAUUGUGAUUCCGAUGAUGGUGAUUGCUCCAUGGUGGACUCCAAUUGCGGCUCUUCGUCAUAUAUGCGUCACAUUAGUGAUCACAGCUACACGCGCAGCGAAAUGGAGACCAAUCUAGAGACGCCUUCUGAUUCCGAUGAGGAAAUCGAUGUCGUCUCACUCAAUGACAAGACGCUGCCCACAAAUCCCUCGGAUCGCGAUCGUCGCGCUCUGCAAACAAAGGUGGCCAACAAAAUCUCGACCAUACCGCCACCGCGACGCGGUCGCUAUGAGUUGCCCUACACACCGGCGAGCAGCAGUCCCGUUAAAUCGGAGGCCAAUUCCCGUUUCCCAUCGCCAUCGAGCACGCCGUAUCAAAAUUCUGGCGCCGCUGUGGCCACAGUUUAUUCACCGCUGCUCUUGCGUAACACCAGCAGCGGCAGCAGCAGCAGCAGCAGUAGCAGCAGUGCUGGCAGCGAUUGUGCAACGUCAACGAUGCUUUGGGAGGGCAGCAGCAGCAGCAGCAUCAACAACAAGAGCAGUCGCAAGCGCUAUCAGGACACUUGUCGCAGCAGUGGUGCAUUCUCCAAGCAGUUGCAGGCAUCGAAAAAGAGCCGAGCAAAGUUGAGCAACAACAGCGUUUUGUCAACGGCGCAUCCAGGUGCGCAACUGAAGCAACAGCAACACACGUUGGGCGCCAACAGCAGCAGCAGCAGCAGUAGUGCAAGCAGCAACAGCGCAAACAACAGCAAUGUAAACUUCAGCGUGAUGAAGCGUCAGUUCAGUCUCGAUGAGGCCGACACCAUUGAGAAGCGUAAUCUGCACAACGACAUGGAACGUCAACGUCGCAUCGGACUUAAGAAUCUGUUCGAGGCACUGAAGAAGCAGAUACCCAAUAUUCGGGACAAGGAGCGUGCGCCCAAGGUGAACAUAUUGCGUGAGGCGGCAAAGCUAUGCGAACAGCUGACCAACGAGGAGCGUGAGUUGAGUCUCAAGCGUCAGUUGCUGAAGGCGCAACUGAAGCAGCGACAGGAGAAGAUUGCGCGUCUUCGCUUGAGUAUGAAUGCCGCCGAAUGAUGAUAGCGAUGUUCAUCAUCGAUAGACGUAAGUGUGGGUUAAACGGGUUAAGGAGGAGUUAAGAGAGAUGAUCAUAAGUUGAGAUGCGCAGAAGAAAGCGUACAUUUUUUAAGCAGCGGGGGCAAAGUGUGCGGAGUUGGCUUAUCAAAAGAGAGAAAGAGAAACGUUUGCAAGCAAAAAAAAAAAAAAAAAAAAAAAUGACCAUACGAGAGAAUGCUAUCCGAUAUAGAUAUAUAUAUAUAUAUAUACAGCAGAUAUAUGCAUAUAUAAAUAAUAAUAAUUUUUUUUUUAUAAGUGUACUUUGACGUAGGCUCACAAGCAUUUUUUUUAUGAACUUCAAUAUCAGUUUUUAGUAUUAGCUAUUAGAGCGUACGAACGAUCAAUCGAACCAUGUCUCGAUGAUGAUUACCGAUUAACGAUUAACGAUUGUAAUAAUCUAUGAUGAUGAUGAUGCUGCAAGUUGAUGUCUAUGCAUCGGAUGCUAUAAACAAGAAUGCUAUGUGUACAUUUAUUAUAUAUAUCAUCGCUAUAUAUAUAUAUGUAUAUAUAUAUAUGAUUUUUUUCUUAUGCGAUACACGAUAUCGAUAUCGAUAUAUAUAUAUAUACUGCUUCUCUAGAUGAUAGUUGAAAAUAGUGAUUUAAAUUGGAUUUCUUUAAUGUGAUAUUUUUUGAUUUGAUUUUGAAGUAAGCAAAAUGCAAGUUGGAAGAAAAACUUUAACUAAAAACUUAGGCGGCGAUAAAACCGAUAAACCGAUAAACGAUAACGAAAUACGCAACUAGGUUUACAUGGAAUUGAAUAAUGGAAAAAAUGGAAAACGGAACGAGAAAACACACAAAACAAAUUGAAGUUCUCAGUUUUCUUACAUUUUAUUUGAUUUUUUUCUUUGCGAUUUACGAUUUACUAUUAUUAUUACUGUACAUAGAAACUAGGGAGUUUAAUAUUAGAUAGCUACUUAACCAUGAAGGGAAGGACAACAAAAACAAAAACAAAAACCAAACAAGGAAACAGAAAAAAAGGGAAAACGGGAAUAAACGGAAAACAGACGAAAGAUGCAAAAUGAAAAAGAGCCACUAAAAAGUAGCAGCAGAAGAAAAACACGAAGUAGAUGAAGCUUGGGUGUGAAAGAAAAU